AUGAGUCAAACCACGGUCAUCCGACAUGCUCCUCUCGUGGGAUAUCCCGAAAACUCGUUAUACACCGUCAAAGUCAUUGAUGGUACCAUCGAGUGCGUCGACGAAGAAGUCAGUGGGAAAUACGUGAAUGGGUACGAUGAAUCUACUGUAGAGGUGAUUGAUCUAGAUGGGAAAGAAUGGUUAAGUCCAAGUAUGAUAGAUUGGCAUGUCCACACCAAGCUCGCGGCCUUACAUUCCAACAGACUAAAUCUCCAAUCCUGUCAAUCUGCCAAAGAAGUACUGGAAACUGUCAGACUCGCUCUACAAGACCCCAAGUACGAUCCAAGCUUGGAGAAGAACCUGGUCGGAAUCAAUAUGAGGAAUUCCAAUUGGCCCGAUGAAGAUCUGAUUGCCCUCAAAAGACUGGACGAGUUAUCACCUGAUAGACCGUUGUUCCUGCUUUAUAAUGGAUAUCAUUCAAUGUGGUGUAAUACGCUUGCCCUAAAAGCUGGAGGAUAUGAUCCGAAAGUGCAUACGGGACAUUUGGAAGAACAGGAGGCAUUCAAUAUGUUCCCUAAGCUUACUACUGCUAGUGAAGAGGUGGUAGAUGGAUGGAUCCUGGGAGAGGCAAAGAAAGCUGCCGCAAUGGGAGUGACCGAGAUAGUUGAUUUGGAGAUGGAACAUAACAUCGCCCACUGGCAACGACGUUACAAAUCCGGUCAUGACUACCUUCGAAUCCACGUUGGUAUGUACACUCAACACAUUAACGACGCCAUCAAGCUAGGCCUUACAUCAGGCGAUGAUGUACCUUCCACCGAUGGACUCAUCAAAGUAGGUCCCUAUAAGAUUGUUACAGAUGGAUCACUGGGAUCUCAAACUGCCUUCUGCCACGAUGCCUAUCCAGGUUCUAAAGAUAACCACGGCAUAUACUAUUAUCCUCCCUCGACCCUCAAGGAGAUGAUCGAAAAUGGGUUGAAGCACAAUUUCAGAUUUGCAAUUCAUGCGAUAGGUGAUCAAGCGAAUCAUCAAACUCUCAAGACCAUCUCUGAAGCAAGUUCGAAACUACGUAGUGGAUCGACCAUCGAACAUGCCCAAUUAUUAGAUUUCGACGUGGAUUUACCGGUAUUCAAACAAUUGGGUCUGAUAGCUUCCAUCCAACCUUCUCAUCUUGUAGAUGAUAGAGAUCUAUGUCACAAGUUCUGGCCUGGGAGGGAACAUAGGGCAUAUGCGUUCAAGUCAAUUGUAGAUGCUGGUAUACCAAUCAAGUUGGGAAGUGAUGCUCCCAUAGCGCCGAUGAAUCCCUGGGAAGCUCUGGCGGUAUGUAUAACGAGGGCGGGAGAGAAUGAUGAAGGAAAUCCAUUUGUGAAAGAGGAGAUAUUGGAUUUGGAGACUGCGUGGAAAGCUUCAACUUCUAAUGGGAAAUCCAAGUUGGAAGUUGGUGAUCGAGCGGAUCUAUGUAUCCUUCAGUCCAACCCUUUGAAGCAGGACGGUGCAGGCUUAAGAGCGAUGAAAGUGAACGGAACCAUGUUGGGCGGUAGAUGGACCCACAAGACUUUUUAG